UGAUGUCUUUCCUGAGUCUCCUUUGCAGGGGGAGGGGAGCGCAAGUGCACUGGAGAAGAGGGGAUUUAACGAUCAGCCAGGAGACACCCAAAUAGCAUGCAAAUGGAGAAAAACGACAGAGGUGAGGAAGAAGAGGAAGAACACAGGAGAGAGGCGGGUCGGUUGUUUAGUUUGUGUCCCGCUGGUAAGAAGUUCCGAAGCAAACCUCAGCUGGUGCGUUACCUUGGCAACUCCAUGGACUUCAGCUCGUUUGAUUUCCGCACAGGGAAGAUGCUCAUGAGUAAACUGAACAAAAACAGACAGCGACUCCGCUACGACACUAACAGUCAAACAAAGGGAAAACCAGACCUGAACACAUCUCUCCCAGUGCGGCAGACAGCCUCAAUCUUCAAACAGCCCGUCACAAAAGUCACCAACCAUCCAAGCAACAAAGUCAAGACAGACCCACAGAAAGCCGUAGACCAGCCAAGACAGUUGUUUUGGGAGAAGAAGCUGAGUGGUCUUAAUGCUUAUGACAUUGCUGAGGAGCUGCUAAAAACCAUGGACUUGCCUAAAGGGCUACAGGGAGUAGGUCCUGGAUGCACGGAUAAGACUUUACUGUCUGCGAUUGCUAGCGCUCUUCACACCAGCUCUGCUCCCAUCACCGGCCAGCUGUCAGCGGCUGUGGAGAAGAACCCAGGAGUGUGGCUUAACACGGCCCAGCCGCUUUGCAAGGCUUUUAUUGUUACAGAUGAGGACAUCAGAAAACAGGAGGAGCUUGUGUACAACGUGAGGAAGCGUCUGGAGGAGGCUCUCAUGGCUGAUAUGUUGGCUCAUGUAGAGGAGGCGUCCAGCGGUGGAGAGUCGCUGAAGGAUGAGGGAAACUGCCAUGAUGACAAAGAGGAUGUAUAGCAAAGGGCAGAAAUACAUUUGAAACUACCUGCAUUCAAGUCUGUCAACUCAACUGUCUUGUGUGGACCAGAACUCCAUGCUCUAACAGCUCAACUUCUUAACCAAGAUGCUCUAGUCCUGCUAUCUAAACCCACUGGUUGGGAUUUCUUUCCGGGACUGUUAUUUUGGAUUUUAGACAUUGUUUGAUUUUAUUUCUGUUUUUUAUGUAAGAACAAACCGUUUGCAGGUUCCAGAGUUGCAUGUGGCACUUCCAUGUCUUUGGGUUGUGUCUAGGGGAGUGAUGUGACAAUCGCGGCAAAUUGUAAUCCUGUUUAAUUGAGGAUGAAGAUUUUAUGAUACAGCUAAGAAUAACUGUUUCUAAAGUGAUGAUUACCUGGAUACCUGGAUAUGAUUAAAUGAAUGCAGCUAGGGUUGCAUGUAUAGAGCACUCUUGAAGAAAAUACAUGAGAUGCAUGUUGUAUUUUGGAUGUUUGAUACAUUUAUUCUCCAAAGUACAAUUUUUGUACCAUGAAAACACAGUUACUGAAAUCCCCUACUAUUGGCCACUUGAAGACGAGAGAAUCUCAGAACUUCAGCGAACUCAGUCUUAUAUAAAACGUAGAUUUCUUAUAAUUCAUGUUUCAAUCAUCUCUGAUUAUUCAAUAUACAAAUUCAGUGUUGGUUAUGGACAUAACAAUAAGUUUAUGUAAGUCAUGUGCUGUAUCAUAAACUGCCACAAAGUUUUUGUACAUUUGUAUGCCUACAUCUGUGUUUUGACCUUAUACUGUUCAUAAAUGUUAAUAUUGGGCAUAAUAGUUUAGAGAGGAACAAAACAUCUCACGCCACAGAUAUUCAUUUGUGUUUCAUCCGUCUGUGGUGUUCAUUCACAUAACUAAUAUUAGUUCAUUUGGUGAUCACUUUUUUUCACACUGAACUGGAUUCAAAUCUGAAUUCAAAUGUGAAUGGUGAUUCAUUAUAGUGCUGUACAAACCAGUUACUGUUUUUCUAAAUGAACGCACAUUGCCAAGUUGAAACAACAUGUUGGAUUUUUUUGUUGUUGUUGAAAAAAUGUUAAUUCAUUGGUUUAAACAUGGACAAAAACUGUUGAAUUUCUUCAGGCAUUUUACAGAGUAAAGUGUUUCUGUAUGUUUCAUGAGUGUCACUUGUCAUUUUACUAGUAAAUCAGACAUGCAUUUUAUUAAACUGAAUAUGUUUUUAAA